AUGGCAGAAUACGGAGGAGAUCAGACAUACGAAAGAGAAGGUCGGCAAACAGAUGAGUAUGGCAACCCUGUUCAGAAAACUAAUGAGUACGGAAACCCACUUAACUCUACCACCGACGAAACCAUGGGUGAUUAUGGUGUCACUGCUCACCAGGGUCUAGGUCAGGCCACCGGAGCAACUGAAUCUUAUCAAAACCAACCUAGCGCCACCCCUUUGUCCGGCAACAUUGGCAUAGGAGCUGGGGCAGGCUACGAUCAACAUAGAGAAGAAGUCCACGAGAAGAAAGGGGUGACGGAGAAGAUCAAAGAAAAGCUUCCCGGUGGUCACAACACGGACCAGCAUCAAAGGGUGUCCACAACAACAGCAGGCGGUGUUGGUGGUGGUGGUUAUGGGGAAGGGGAAACCCAGGAGAAGAAAGGGGUGAUGGAGAAGAUCAAAGAUAAGCUUUCUGGGCAUUAG